ACCUGACCGACCACAACUCCAAACUACAGGUCGCUGGUUCCCUGGAGAGACAAGCCUUCACCGAGGCCUGGGGCAAGAAAGCCAAAGAGCUCUUCAGCGACGCCCUUGUGGACAGUUUUUCUGACCCCCUGCUGAAGAAACAGAUCAAGAGGAUCAACAUUCUGGGAGCAGCUAACCUGCAACAGGCAGAGAGAGAGCGAUUAAACAGCAUCCUCAGCAGCAUGAGCAACAUCUACUCCACCGCCAAGGUUUGUCUACCAGGAAAAACAGAGAUCUGCUGGUCUCUGGAGCCUGAGCUGAUGGAUGUGAUGGCCACCUCAAGGAGCUACAAGAAGCUUCUGUACGCAUGGGAAGGCUGGCACAACAGCUCAGGUGUACCGCUCAGACCGCUGUACCCAGAAUUUGUGAAGUUGAGUAACCAGGCCACCCGCAUGGACGGUUUUUCGGACACUGGUGCCUACUGGCGUUCCUGGUACGAGUUGCCCUCCUUUCAGGAUGACCUGGAGCGCUUGUACAGGCAGGUGGAGCCCCUGUACCAGAACCUCCACGCCUUCGUCCGCCGCAAGCUAUACCAGCACUAUGGUCCCAAAUAUAUCAACCUGAGGGGCCCCAUCCCUGCCCACCUGCUGGGGAACAUGUGGGCGCAAACAUGGAACAACGUCUACGACAUGAUGGUGCCCUUUCCCGAUAAGCCCAACGUAGACGUGACGCAAGCCAUGAAGGAACAGAACUGGAAUGCCACACAUAUGUUCAGGGUGUCCGAGGAAUUCUUCACUUCCCUGGGUCUGAUCCCCAUGCCGCAGAAGUUCUGGGACAAGUCCAUGCUGGAGAAGCCUUUGGACGGCCGGGAGGUGGUGUGCCACGCCUCCGCCUGGGAUUUCUACAACCGCCAGGACUUCAGGAUCAAGCAGUGCACCACCGUGACCAUGGAGCAGCUUUUCACCGUGCACCACGAGAUGGGCCACAUUCAGUACUACCUGCAGUACCGGGACCAGCCGGUCAGCUUCCGAAGGGGCGCCAACCCGGGCUUCCACGAGGCCAUCGGGGACGUGCUGGCCCUCUCCGUCUCCACCCCCAAACACCUGAGGGAGAUUGGCCUGCUCGACGACCUGCCUGACGACCCAGACAGCGACAUCAAUUACCUGUUGAAGAUGGCCCUGGGCAAGAUUUCCUUCUUGCCCUUUGGGUACCUCAUCGACCAAUGGCGGUGGGGCGUGUUCAGCGGCCGCACGCCACCUGAGCGCUACAAUGCGGAAUGGUGGCACCUGAGAACCAAAUACUAAGGAAUCUGCCCUCCCACCUAUCGAUCUGAGGAGCACUUUGACGCUGGAGCUAAAUACCACAUCCCUGGAAACACGCCCUACAUCAGAUACUUUGUGAGCUUCAUUCUCCAGUUCCAGUUCCACGAGAGGUUAUGCCAAGCAGCCAAUCAUACGGGGCCACUGCACAAGUGUGACAUCUAUCGCUCCAAGGCAGCAGGAGACAUCCUGGCGAAAGUGCUCAGUGCCGGCUCCUCCAAGCCUUGGCCAGACGUCCUGCAGGAGGCCCUGGGGACGAACAAAAUGGAUGCCGGCCCUCUGAUGAACUACUUUGACCCCAUUACGCGGUGGCUACAGGAGCAGAACAAGGACGAGAUCCUGGGGUGGCCCGAUUUUGACUGGAGACCCCCACUGCCAGAAAACUACCCAGAGGAUGUCGGUAAGAUUGCAGACGAGGCCCAGGCCAAGAAGUUCCUGUCCGAAUUCAACAGUUCUGGAGAGGAAGUGUGGAACGCGUACAUCGAGUCCUCCUGGACCUAUGAAAGCAACAUCUCUGAGGACAACAAGCAGGUCAUGCUGCAGAAGAAAUUGGAAAUGUCCAACCACACGCUGACGUAUGGGUUGAAGGCCCGGGAGUUUGAUGCCACCGACUUCCAGGACCGCUCAAUAAAACGCAUGCUGGACAGGAUCCGAGACAUCCACAGCGCAGGACUCCCGGAAGAGGAGCUGAAGAUGUAUAACAAUCUGAUGGCUACCAUGGAGACCAAGUACAGCGUGGCAGAGGUGUGCCGAGAAAAUGGCUCAUGCCUCGCUCUUGACCCAGACCUGAAUAAGAUCAUGGCUGAGUCAAGGGACUACAAGGAGCUGUUGUUUGCCUGGCAGGGCUGGCAUGAUGGCACUGGCAGGGCUAUCCGUCCGGACUAUGCCAAAUACGUACAGCUUGCCAACAAGGCUGCCAGGCUCAACGGGCACUCGGAUAAUGGAGCCUCCUGGCGUUCCGUGUACGAGACGCCCACGUUCGAGCAGGACCUGGAGGGUCUCUGGAGGGAGCUGGAGCCCCUCUAUCUGAACCUGCACGCCUACGUGCGCCGGGCGCUCUACAACAAAUACGGAGCCAGUCGCGUCAACUUGAGGGGUCCAAUCCCCGCCCACCUCUUGGGUAACAUGUGGGCACAGACUUGGUCUAAUAUAUUUAAUCUCAUGAUGCCCUACCCUGAUGCCACUCAAGUGGAUGCCACACCGGCAAUGAUCGCUAAGGGCUGGAACGCAAGGAGGAUGUUCGAGGAGUCAGACCGCUUCUUCUCCUCCCUGGGCCUGGAGCCCAUGCCGCCGGAGUUCUGGAACAGGUCCAUGCUGGAGAAGCCCACAGACGGGCGCAAGGUGGUGUGCCACGCCUCCGCCUGGGACUUCUACAACCGCCAGGACUUCAGGAUCAAGCAGUGCACGGUAGUGACCAUGUAUGACCUCAUCACCGUGCACCACGAGAUGGGCCAUGUGCAGUACUUCCUGCAGUACCGGGACCAGCCCCUCUGCUUUAGGGACGGCGCUAACCCGGGCUUCCACGAGGCCAUCGGGGACGUGCUGGCCCUCUCCGUCUCCACCCCCAAACACCUGCACAGCAUUGGGCUGCUGGAUAAGGUGGAGACAAACUACGAAAGUGACAUUAACUACCUGAUGAAAAUUGCACUGGACAAGAUAUCCUUCCUGCCGUUUGGUUACCUGAUGGACCAGUGGAGGUGGAAGGUGUUUGACGGACGGAUCAAAGAGGGGGAAUACAACAUGGCAUGGUGGAACCUCAGACUGAAGUACCAGGGAGUGUGCCCACCAGUACCCCGCACUGAGCAAGACUUCGAUCCAGGAGCCAAGUACCACAUCCCAGCAGACGUCCCCUACGUCAGGUACUUCAUCAGCUACAUCAUCCAGUUCCAGUUCCACGAGGCUCUGUGCAGGGCGGCCAAUCACAGUGGUCCGCUGCACACAUGUGACAUUCACAAGUCCAAGGAGGCGGGGAAACUCCUGGGGGGUGUGAUGAAGCUGGGCUCCAGCAAACCUUGGCCGGAAGCCAUGCGCCUGCUCACCGGUCAGCCCCGCAUGUCCGCCCUGCCAUUGGUCAGGUACUUCCAGCCACUCAUGGAUUGGCUGGAGAAGGAGAACAACAAGAGCGGGGACAUCCUUGGGUGGCCCGAGUACGACUGGAUACCAGGAAGUCGGGAGAGGCCCCCGGGGCCUGCCUCGGGGCCGACCGCGGCCCCCUCCACUGGGGGCGGAAAGGUGGACUUCCUGGGCAUGAGCGUGGACCGCUCGGCGGCUGCUGCGGGGCAGUGGAUUCUGCUGGUCCUCGCGCUGGUGUUCGGCGCGGCCUGCGUCUACAGCAUCUGCAAGCACAGCAGGACCAGCAAACACAAGUCCGCCUCCAUUCUGGAGCUGGGGGCCAAAUGAGGGGCGUGGCCUUUACCCGUCUCCAUGGACACAAGCGUGUAGGACACUGUGGCCACAACUGGGAAUUGGGGACGAGCUGCAAGCAGUUUGAGCUUACCGUUUCAUUAAGGGUGGAAAGCAUGACUUAAUACUCUCAAGACCAGUUCAAACCAAAGAUCCGCAACGUGACGUAACCCUUUUUUGAAUGUUGCAGAGGUGUCGCAGCAGCGUAGACUACCUCUUUUCAGAAGGUCUGAUGCUGGGCGCUUGCCGUUGCAGGAGAUUCAGCUCGUCUAAUCUCAGCUGUCGAGUUUUAGAAUGUUGCAAAGGGUCGCCAUUUUGCAGCUCGUCGCGUUGCAAAUCUUUGGUCUGAACUGAGCUUUAGCUGUCCUGAGAACUCUUGCUGCGCUUGCUGGUCACAAUCAGUUGGGCCUUAAUGAAAAAAUCAUUUCAGAUUGCUGAGGAAGUACUCAACUGAAAAAAAAUAUAUAAAUUAUGCUAUUAAACUCCCUUAUGCCAAUCUACUUUUUAAAGGCAGGAAAGAUUUCAGCAUAAGCACAUAUGCUGGCUUCAUGCAUUCAAAGACUUCAACUGUUUUGUCGGUAAACACCGUUUUUUUGCCAUGAAAUCUUUGAGUAUAUUACAAAAAUCAACAUAUUGUUUUUUUCGGAAUAUUCUGCUCUACAAAGCCAGCUAGGCCAUUUGAGGUUUGCACGUAAAAAUGUGACAUGCAUUUCACACUCUUGAUGUCAAAACAUUUUGUUUUGAGAGUAGCUGGGUUCAUUUUCAGCACUAGGGAAAUAAUUUAAUAUACAAGAAAUAAGGUCUAAUAAUUAACUUAUUCUUUUUUGCUGGAGUGCUCCUUUUCUUGAAUAAUCACAAAGCCUGCUUUGCCCAACACUACUGAACGCCUGUGUCUUCUCCCCUUUCUCGUCUGCACCAUAAUAAUUACUUUGUAUGCUCUUUACAUUCUUAUAGUCAGGUGAAAACUGUUGACUAUGCAACGGUGAGAGUUUUAUAAUUUAUUUAUAGUACCUGGACAGUGUACAAAUGUUUAAAGUGAAGUAGUGUACAAAACAAAAAGUGUACAAAAGUUUGAAGUCAGACAGUUGUGUAUACAGUUUUUAAAUUAUUUGUUCCGAUUUGUAAACGUGCAGGUUUUGGCUUUAUAGAAUAAAAAAAUGUAUGUCUCACA